GAAGGGUUAUCGCCUUUGAAAGUGCUGGGAUGCCAAAUGUGUCGAAGAAGGAAUAAAUUUCAUGUACGCCUAAUCCUAGGCAUGCUCUUCGUGGGAAUUGUAAUAAGUGCCGCUCAGUUUAACGAUGAAAUUAUCGGCAUCAGAUGUCCGGCCGGGGUCACCAAUAUCGGAGAAAUGCCAAACAAAAGCGUUCGUUGGUCACCAAUUCCACUGGGACCAAAAUAA